AUGGCUCCCAGUAUCAACGAGAAGGAAAAUGAAAAGGUCGUAGGUGGCAGCGAUGCAACCUCGACUCCUGAAGAUGCUGUUGUCAACGCCGAGGGCGGCGAUGCUACCACUCCUGGAGAAGAGGGAGAAAUUGAGGGUUCUUGGGGUGACUACAAGCGUAUCCUCACAUAUGCAGGCCCUACAGAGUAUUUGAUGCAAGGCAUUGCUCUCAUCGCUGCCAUAGGUUCAGGUGCCGGUAUCGCUCUCCAGAACCUCAUCUUUGGACGGUUCAUCACCACAAUUACCGACUUUACUUCUGGAGAGUCUCAGCCUAGCAAGUUCCGAAAGGAGGUUGCCGACCUAGCACUCUACUUUGUGUACCUUGGCAUUGGCCGAUUCGUUCUCUCCUACAUCUGGAACGUCUUCCUCACCUAUUCCUCUUACCGCAUUGUACGCAACAUUCGAAAGGAGUACCUUCGCGCUGCUCUUCGACAAGAGGUUGCCUACUAUGACUUUGGAAGCGGUGGCUCCAUCGCUACGCAGGCUACCUCCAACGGCCGUUUGAUCCAAACCGGCAUCGCUGAGAAACUCGGUCUCUUCUUCCAGGGCAUCGCUGCCUUCCUCACUGCCUUCAUUGUCGCUUUCGUCGUGCAGUGGAAGCUCACUCUCAUCUGCCUAUGUAUCGCUCCAGCAACCAUCAUCGUCAUGACUGUUGUUGCGACGAUGGAAGCUGUUCACGAAGUCAAGAUUCUCGAGAUUCACGGCCAAGCCAACUCGCUCGCCGAGGGUAUUCUCGCUAGCGUGCGCACUGUUCAUGCCUUUGAGAUGCGAGCUAGACUCGUCGACAAGUUCGAUAAACACCUUGAGGAAGCUCACACUGUUGGAAAGAAGAUCUCCAUUCUCAUUGGUCUCAUGUUCUCUGCCGAUUACACCAUCAUCUACCUCGGUUUCGGCCUCGCUUUCUGGCAGGGUGUGCGUAUGCUUUCAACUGGCGAAAUCAAAAGCUCGGGCGUCAUCUUCACGGUUCUCCUCUCUGUUGUCAUUGCGGCUGUUCAGUUGACCCAGCUCACCCCGUACACUAUCGACUUCAGCCGUGCCAUGUCUGGCGCAGCACAACUCUUCACUCUCAUCGACCGAGCAUCAGCUAUCGACCCCCUUUCCAAGGAUGGCGAGACACCAUCCGAGACUGUCGGACAUGUCGAGCUUGAGAAUGUUUCGUUUGCCUACCCCACCAGACCUGGUGUCACAGUGCUUGAAGACUUCUCUCUUAACGUUCCUGCUGGUAAAGUCACGGCACUGGUUGGUCAAUCAGGAUCAGGCAAGAGCACUAUUGUCGGUCUGAUCGAGCGGUGGUACAACCCCAAAUCUGGUACUAUCAAACUGGACGGUCGUCCCAUUGGCAAGCUUAACCUCAACUGGCUCCGCCGAAACGUCCGGCUCGUCCAGCAAGAGCCUGUUCUCUUCGAGGGUUCUGUUUUCGACAACAUUAAGCACGGUCUAGUUGGCACUGAGUGGGAGAACUCACCUGCUGAACAACAGAUGGAACGGAUCCAGGAGGCUGCCAAGAUGGCUUUUGCCCACAAUUUCAUCAUGGAACUCCCAGAAGGGUACAACACACAAAUCGGACAACGAGGUGGACUUCUAUCAGGUGGUCAGAAACAGCGUGUUGCUAUUGCUCGCAGCGUCGUGUCGCAGCCCAAGGUUCUUCUUCUUGACGAGGCUACAAGCGCUCUUGAUCCUCACGCCGAGAGUGUCGUUCAGCAAGCACUCGACAAAGCAUCUGAAGGCCGCACUACCAUCGUUAUCGCUCACAAGCUCGCCACCAUCCGCAAGGCUGAUAACAUCGUCGUCAUGUCCAAGGGCUCUAUCAUCGAGCAGGGCUCGCACGAGUCCCUAAUUGCUCAAGAUGGUGCCUACGCUAAACUCGUCAAGAUCCAGAACCUUGCAGUCGAGAAUGACCCCAAUAAUGUUUCGACUGACGAAGAAGAGGAAGUUGCCCCUGAAGGAGACAAGGAAGAGCUCGGUCUUAGCAAGACGGUUACCCAAUACGAAACCCACGUCCAGGAGCGUCUCGAAGCUGGCAAGGAGCUUGGCAACUACGACAACCACAAACAACUGGGCAUCUUUUAUGUCAUUUAUCGUCUGAUUCGUGAGAGCCCAGAGGUUGCUUGGUCGUAUUUCUUUGUUCUUGCGGGAUGUUUGGGAGCUGUUGCAGCAUUCCCCGGUCAGGCCAUUCUGCUUGCGCACGUUGUCGAGGUCUUCACCCUUACUGGUGACAGGAUGAGAGACCGCGGCGAUUUCUACGCGAGCAUGUUCAUCGUUCUCGCAGCCGGUUUGUUGGUGUCCUACUUUGCUCUUGGCUAUGCUACCAACACCAUCGCUCAGUUCCUCAGCCACAAACUUCGCAAGCAGAGUCUCCGGGAUAUGCUUCGUCAAGAUCUUCAGUUCUUUGACCGCAAGGAAAACAGCACUGGUGCUCUGGCCAGUCGCGUUGAUUCCAAUCCCCAGUCGAUCCUCGAGCUAAUGGGCUUUAACGUGGCCCUCAUCCUUAUUGCUAUUCUCAACCUGGCUGCCUGCAGUCUCUUGGCUAUAAUUCACAGCUGGAAGCUGGGUCUGGUGGUCGUUUGCGCUGGUCUUCCUCCCUUGGUCAGCUCCGGUUACUUCAAGAUUCGCCUCGACGCCAAGCUGGACCGGGAUACCUCGAAGCGAUACUCUACCAGCGCUUCAAUUGCUUCCGAAGCUAUCACUGCCAUUCGAACUGUUUCUUCCCUAGCCAUUGAGGAGUCAGUCUUGGACAAGUAUGUUGAUGAGCUGAACCAAGCCGUUACUGGAUCAAAGAACGACCUUUUCCGUAUCAUGAUCUUCUUUGCUCUGACUCAAUCGAUUGAGUAUUGGUUUCAAGCUCUUGGCUUCUGGUAUGGCUGCCGACUUCUUUCAUUUGGCGACAUCUCCAUGUACAACUUCUUUGUCGCUUUCUUGGGAGUCUUCUACUCUGGCCAGGCUUCUGCCCAGCUCUUCCAAUUCUCAACCAGUAUCACCAAGGGAGUCAAUGCUGCCAACUACAUAUUCUGGCUCAAUCAGCUCCAGCCCAACGUCCAAGAAACACCUGAGAAUCGGGGCAACGGUCCCAAGUCGGGAGGUCCGGUUGUUUUGGAUGAUGUCCGAUUCUCGUACCCUCUUCGACCUCAGGCCCCUGUUCUCCGCGGCAUCGACUUGGAUGUCAAGCCUGGACAAUUUGUCGCGCUUGUUGGCGCAUCGGGUUGUGGAAAGUCAACUAUGAUAGCUAUGCUUGAACGUUUCUAUGAUCCGUCAAGCGGCACAAUCAGCAUUGCUAACUCAGCACUUCCCACUCUCAACCCUCGCCUCUACCGCCGCAUCAUUGGUCUGGUUCAACAAGAGCCGACUCUUUUCCAGGGCACGAUACGGGAGAACAUUGCUCUUGGUGUCGAUGAGCCGGAGACUGAGGGUAAGGACCCUGCCACUUCGGUUCCUGACAAGCGGAUUGAGGCAGCCCUACGCGCAGCCAAUGCAUGGGACUUCGUCUCGUCUUUGCCCGAAGGCCUCGAUACACAGGCUGGUUCGAACGGCGCGCAGCUGUCUGGAGGGCAGAGACAGCGAAUCGCCAUUGCCCGAGCCCUUAUCCGUAAUCCCAAGGUCCUUCUCCUGGACGAAGCUACAAGUGCACUUGACACUGAGAGCGAGAAGAUUGUACAAGGCGCACUGGCAGAAGCAGCGAAGGAAGGAGAUCGUAUUACCAUUGCUGUUGCUCAUCGCUUGAGCACAAUCAAGGAUGCUGACAAAAUUUGUGUUUUCUUGGGUGGUAAAAUCACGGAGGCGGGAACUCAUCAAGAGCUGCUUGCUCAGGGUGGAUUGUAUCGAAAGAUGUGUGAGGCACAGGCUCUGGACAGUUAG